AAAGUAUGGAGACAAGAAAACGAACUUCUUUAAAAGUUAAAAGUGUUGUUCACCAAAGAAAAAAAUGUAAUAAAAUAAAUUCUGGUUCAGAUUUUACAAAGGAGUGUAACAAUAAUAAUAAUGACGAACCCUUGUUGUAUAAUAGUAAAAAAGAAGAUAAAUCAGAACAAAAUAUUUCUAUAAAUGGAGCGAAAACCGAGCUUCAGGUUGUGACAUCUGAAAAAAGUGCUUUUUCAGUUUCAAAUCAAGACCUUGAUUUAAAAAAUAGUAAUCAAAAUUUAGUUGAAGAAACUCAGAAUGACUCAUCUAUAAAUAAUAACUUUGAUAUUUGUGAAGAUAGUAAUAUAUCUAUGAUAAACACAUCAAUGUUAAAUGAAGAUUGCAAAAUUACUCAAAGUAUGAUUGAGGAGGAAGAAAAUUGCAAAAAUGAUCAUGUAAAAGAAGCACAACUAAGUACACUAGCUAAUAGAAGUCUUCACCAAGCUACUCAAAAACAGAGAUAUGAUCGUCUUCAAGUGUUAUUAGAUCGUUCUCAGCUCUAUGCAACAUAUUUAUUGAAUAGAAUAAAUAAGCGUGCUGAAGCCAAUCUUAAACGAAGCGAAAAAAACAAAACUAAAGAAUCUGACAACACUGCAAAUGACAGUAAUGAAAAGGAUAAAAAAGUUAAAAGAAAAAGGAAAAGAGAGGAACCUGAAAACAUUGAAAAUUAUAUUGAUAAAUCUGAGUUAGAAGAGCGGGUCAAAAAACAAAAAUUAGAAGUUUCUAUUGAGAAAAAUCAUUCUGAAAAAGAUCGUCCAAAACGAGUAGAUACAUUUUGUCGUAAAAUUAAUGGGCAGAAAGUAUCAGAUCGCCAGCCAAAACUGUUAACUGGUGGUGUAAUGCGCGAAUAUCAGUUAGAUGGUAUGGAAUGGUUGCAGGGUUUGUUUGAAAAUGGAAUUAAUGGUAUUUUGGCUGAUGAAAUGGGUCUUGGAAAGACAAUACAAUCCAUUGCAUUGAUAUUAUCUCUUAUAGAGCAGAAUGUUAUAGGUCCAUUCAUAAUUGCUGCACCUCUUUCUACUUUACCAAAUUGGAUGGCAGAGUUCAACAAAUUUGCUCCUGAGAUAAAUGUUGUUUUAUACCAUGGUAGUAUUGAAGAGCGUUUUCAAAUUCGCAGAAAAUUAAUGAGGGUAAAACGUUACAGUACAGGACAUGCAAGUCUUCCUGUUGUGAUAUCUUCUUAUGAAAUAUUAAUGCGUGACAGGCAAGCUUUUACUAAUAUGCGAAUGGAAUGGAAGUAUCUCAUUGUUGAUGAAGGUCAUCGAAUUAAAAAUCUUAAUUGCAAAUUAAUAAAAGAAUUAAAGGAAUAUAGAACUGCAAACCGCCUUUUACUGACUGGAACACCACUUCAAAAUAAUCUAUCAGAACUUUGGUCUCUACUUAACUUCAUUUUACCUGAUAUCUUUGAUGAUUUGACAAGUUUCCAGUCAUGGUUUGAUUUCAGUGCUGUGACAUCAGUUGAUGAAAAUAGUGAAAAACUUAUUGCACAAGAACAGGAGGCCAAAGUACUUCAAACCCUGCAUUCAAUAUUGACGCCUUUUCUUCUCCGUCGCCUAAAAACAGAUAUAGACUUGACAAUUCCUCCUAAGAAAGAAGUAAUUGUAUACGCUCCACUUACGCCAACACAAGAAGCAUAUUACAAGACUACUCUUGAUCGAACAAUUAUUGACAUUAUUCAGAAAAAGAAUACAGUUGAAGAAAAAGUGGAAUUAACUCCAUCAGGUAGACCAAAGCGUAAAGCUCGAACUAAUGUCAAGUAUACAGAAGAAGAUGAUUCACAAGAAUUUGAUUUCGAAAAGUUAUUAGAAGAAAUUGAAGAAAGUGAAAAAAAAAAAAAAGAAUUGCAAGAAAAAGCAUCUGUUCAGAAUAACAAGUCAGUUGUCAACAUUCGUCUACAGAAUAUUAUGAUGCAAUUGCGCAAAUGUUGUAAUCAUCCUUACCUGUUAGAGUAUCCAUUAGAUCCAAAAACUCAGGAACUUGUUAUUGAUGAAAAUAUUAUUAAAACAUCUGGAAAGAUGCUGCUAUUGGAUAAAAUUCUGCCAGCUUUAAAAAGCAAUGGCCACAAGGUUUUAAUCUUUUCUCAAAUGACACAGAUGAUGGACAUUUUGCAAGACUAUUGUUAUUUGCGUGGUUAUGGUUACUGUCGUAUAGAUGGAACUAUGUCAGUUUUAGAUCGACAGGAAAAUAUUAAAAAAUUCACAGACGACAAAGAAUUAUUUAUAUUUUUAUUAAGUACUCGUGCAGGUGGUUUAGGAUUAAAUUUGAUGAUGGCUGAUACAUGUAUCAUCUACGACAGUGAUUGGAAUCCGCAAGUUGAUCUUCAGGCGCAAGAUCGAUGUCACAGAAUUGGUCAAACAAAACCAGUGGUUAUUUAUCGUUUUGUAACUGCAAACACUAUUGAUCAAAAGAUAAUUGAACGAGCUGCUUGCAAACGAAAGCUUGAAAAAAUGGUCAUACAUGAAAAAAAUUUUAAAGGAGGAGCUCUUGCUUCAGCUAUUUCUCCUCGUGAAUUAUUAGAGUUACUUCAAUCUAAAGAUGCUAGUAGUUUUGACGCAGGUAAUGUUAUUUCAGACGAUGAUUUAAAAAAGUUGCUCGAUCGUUCAGAUUUGGCGACAGUAGCUGCUAAAAAAGAUCAAGUGAAGAAAAAUAAAGAAAAGAAAGUUGGCAAUGGUCGUAAAAUAUUUAAGGUUAUAGAGAAUGUCUUUACGGAUGAUAUCAUUUUUUAAAAAAUAAAUUUCAAAAGAUAUUCUUUAAGUAUCAAAAGGUUAUCCGAAGAUCAAAAGAUAUUUAGUUAUAGAGAAUGGUUCAACGUAUGAUCACAUUUUUCUAAAUGCAUUAAAAAAUCUUUACAUUUUGCUUUUAACGCUGUCUGUCUGCUUCUGAAGUUCCGUUCUUUAGCCUGAAGCUUCUUCUGUUGGCAUUUAGUUGAAUUCCAUUAGGAACUAAUUAACCUUUCUACUUUUUUUUUUAUUUGUAUCAAGUUAUAUUUAUUUGUAGUUAAGUUUAUUUAGUUACUUUUUUAGUUUCUAUAAAAAUGUAAAUCUUGUAAAUAAAAGUGUUGAUAGCAUUAUUGAGGAUUGUUAAUAGU